CAAGAAUAAUUUAAACAAAAUAAAAACAAAUAAUUUAAAUCAAUUUAUUUUUAUGUAAUUUAUUUUAUACCGAAUUCUUUUUAUACAAACAUUUUCGUUAAAUUUAAAAAAAAACUAAAUACAUGGACAAAAUGAAAUACUAUUUGUAUGACGAGGUGUGCAUACAUAAUAAUAAAAAUGACUUUUGGGUGGUGAUACACGGCAAUAUAUUAGAUCUAACUCCACUAAUAAAUGAUCGUCAAGAUUCUUGGAAUGUAAAUUUAGACUAUUUAAUGGCAUUUGGUGGCAAAGAUUUAUCACAUUUUUUCCAUUUGAAUAAUUUACCUAAAACCGAAAUUUCUCCUUUAACCGGCAAACCUCGUGUUUUAUUUCCACCCAUAUUAGAGCUGGCUCAAAGUGAACAGCUUAAAACUCCUGGUAAAUUAUGGAGUCAGGAUCCUUUAUAUCAUAUAGGUCAAGUAACGAAAAAAGAACGUAAAAUACGUUUAAUUAAUACCUUAACUGCUACCACCACUUUUAUGAAAGUUUGUGCUGAAGAUACAAUUUAUGAUAUACAACGGAAAUAUAAAGAAAUUUACAAUAAUCAUGCUGGCAGCUACUUAUGGCGCAAAUUUUCCAAUGGUGGUCAAUGUCCUGGUACAUUAAUUUUACACGAAACCCUCGAUGGCAAUGGUUUAAUUGCAGAAGAUAGUGAUAUUGAAUUACCUUUACCUUCCAUUUGGUUAUAUUACACAGAUGAUUUGACAGUGGCUUAGUUGAAAUUGUAAAAUUUUACAUUGGAAUUCCAUUGUAGGAAAAAAUAUAA